AUGUCCCUGCAGAAUGAUACCGAUCCGGCGACGCACUCGGGCUACGGUAGCUCAGACGAGACGGCCUCACUGCUGGUGAUGUCCAGCAACAACAGUAGCAGCACAACGACCACUUCCGGUGCGAGCAUCAUAUCGACGAUCAACAAGCCCCGGAUGGCGUCACACUCGUCCUUCAACGGGCCCACGAUGGGCACGAGCAUCGGGUCGCCCGGUGCUGGGGGCGGUGGUAGUGGGCUGAUGGUCAGCUCGAUGUUGGCCGGAGGUUCCGGAAGUGGCAUGAAUCCGCAAUCCACUCUCACCCCCGGUGUCUCCAACAAGCCCACGUUAAUGCGGCAGGAUCGUACCUCGACCUACCUGGCCAGCCCGCAGCUGUCGUCGACGGGGCUGGGCGGCUCGGAGGAGAGCGCCACCGGGGAGGACACGCAGCAGGACCAGCAGAACGCGCGCUCCGUGCCGGACAUUGAGCUGCACUGUCGGCUGGAGGCGCCCGCCAUUGCCGUGUCCGCUUCCUGUCACAGUGACGGCGGCGGUGGAGGCCGCCUUGCUGCCUCCGAUCGAACGGCCAGUGGUCCGGCGGGUGGCGGUGGCGGCCCCGGCGGCGGUUACCAGCUCAUCCCCUACAAUCGGUGUCGCGCGUGUCGCAACUGUGACCGCCGUGCCUCGACGACACCGAUGUCCUCGCUGCAGCUGACACGCUCCGUCUCGAAGGAGAGCGUCCGCAGCGCGGCCCUCCACAGCCGGCUCACCGUCCAACACUCGACGAUUCCGCCCGUACUGAUCACCUCAUCGCCCACGUCCGGCUCGCGCAUCAUCCGCCAGAGCUCGCAACCGGAAGCGAGCACCCUUUCCUGCUGCGCCAACCAGUGCUCGCACGCCUGUUCGAUGCCCAGUUCGUCCUUGCGGCAGCUCCGCGAACCCGGCGACGGAAUUGCCGGCAUCGCGGCCGAUUCCAUGCGAAUUAACGGCGGAAUGCGACAAUUCAAACAGGGCAAGAAAAUGUAG